AUGUCAAGAACAAACCCCAAGACAACCUGUCAUGUGAAACUCAGUGACUUAAGUGAUGAAAAUGGCAAUUCCAGGUUUUUGAGAAUGUAUGUGUGUCGGGAAGCUAACAAGCAAGGAUUCGAGCACUGUAGAAGAAUAAUAGGUGUAGAUGGCUGUCACCUUAUAACUGAAACUGGUGGGAUGCUACUAACAGCUGUUAGUAUUGAUGGCAAUGAUAGUAUAUUUCCACUUGCAUAUGCUAUUGUGGAAGGGAGAAAAAAGCAAUCUUGGACAUGGUUUCUAGAACUUCUGAAGACAGAUUUGGAAAUAACUAAGAGUGUUGAAGAUGAAUACUGCUUCAUUAGUGAUAAACAGAAGGGAUUGAUUCCUGCCUUUGAGAGUCAGCUACCUAGUGUGGAGAAUAGAUUCUGUGUGAGACACCUUCAUGCAAAUAUGAAGGUGGCAGGUUUCCAAGGGAAGGCACUUAAGGACUGUCUGUGGGCUUGUGCUAGGGCAACCACUUUGAAUGCAUUCAAUGUUGAAUUAAGUAAACUUAGGGGCUUAGAUGAAGAUGCAUACCAAUGGCUUGGUGAUAAGAGUCCAACAGAGUGGUCUAGAUCUCACUUCUCUACACACUCUCACUGUGACAUGUUGGUAAAUAACAUUUGUGAGUCAUGGAAUGGAUCUAUAAGGGAUGCAAGGGACAAACCAAUUAUAGAAUGUCUUGAAAUUCUUAGGAAAAUAUUGAUGGGUAAAUUCUUUGAGAAAAAACAAAAAGCAGCAGAGUGGAAAUCUUUGAUAUGUCCUGCAAUUGUGAGAAAAUUGAAGAAAAUUGAGAAGGAGGCAGCAAAAUACCUGACAACACAAUGUGAUUUCUUCAAGUUUGAAGUUGGCCAUUUAUAUGGGGAUCAACAAGAGGUUGACCUGGAGGUGAAAAAAUGUUCUUGUAGGGUGUGGGACCUAACUGGUAUUCCAUGCAAACAUGCCAUUUGUGCUAUAUGGAAAAAGUAUGGAAAGGGUGCAGUUACUGACUUUGUCCAUCCAUGCUACUCCAAAGAGACAUACUUGAAGUUAUAUGCUGGUUGUAUCAACCCUAUGACAGGUCCAGAUGAGUGGUCACAAUGUGACAGAACCCCACCAUUGCCUCCUUUGUAUUCUGCCAAGGUAUAUAUGCAUUGCCUAGUCAUUAAUGAUUGA